ACUUCAGAAGCAGCAGAGACACCCGGCCCAGGGCAUCCUCCGGAGCGGACACAAACAGUGAGCGCUGCGGCCUGCCAGUCAGGGCAGCAGCGUAGCGACGGGUGCGGCGGGGACCAGCGCAACGAAGCCCCGAGCCCUGUGCGGGCUGUGAGCGAAUCCCUGGCGAUGCCUCACAACUCCAUCCGAUCGGGCCAUGGAGGGCUGAACCAGCUUGGAGGGGCCUUUGUGAAUGGCAGACCCCUGCCGGAGGUGGUGCGCCAACGCAUCGUGGACCUGGCUCACCAGGGCGUGAGGCCCUGUGACAUCUCCCGCCAGCUCCGGGUCAGCCAUGGCUGUGUCAGCAAGAUCCUUGGCAGGUACUACGAGACUGGCAGCAUCCGGCCUGGAGUGAUAGGGGGCUCCAAGCCCAAGGUGGCCACUCCCAAGGUGGUGGAGAAGAUUGGCGACUACAAGCGACAGAAUCCCACCAUGUUCGCCUGGGAGAUCCGAGACCGGCUCCUGGCAGAGGGAGUUUGUGACAAUGACACUGUGCCCAGUGUCAGCUCCAUUAACAGAAUCAUCCGGACCAAAGUGCAGCAACCGUUCAACCUCCCCAUGGACAGCUGCGUGGCCACCAAGUCUCUGAGCCCAGGACACACGCUGAUCCCCAGCUCAGCAGUUACACCCCCGGAGUCACCUCAGUCAGACUCCCUGGGCUCCACCUACUCCAUCAAUGGGCUCCUGGGAAUCGCUCAGCCUGGCAAUGACAGCAAGAGGAAAAUGGAUGACAGUGACCAGGACAGCUGUCGGCUGAGCAUUGACUCCCAGAACAGCAGUAGCGGCCCCCGCAAGCACCUUCGCACGGAUGCCUUCAGCCAGCACCACCUCGAGUCACUCGAGUGCCCGUUCGAGCGGCAGCACUACCCGGAGGCCUAUGCCUCCCCCAGUCACACCAAAGGCGAGCAGGGCCUCUAUCCACUGCCCUUGCUCAACAGCGCCCUGGACGAUGGGAAGGCCACCCUGACCCCUUCCAAUACACCAUUGGGGCGCAACCUCUCAGCUCACCAGACUUACCCAGUGGUGGCAGAUUCUCAUUCACCCUUCGCCAUAAAGCAGGAAACCCCCGAGGUGUCCAGUUCUAGCUCCACCCCUUCCUCUUUAUCUAGCUCCGCCUUUUUGGAUCUGCAGCAAGUCGGCUCCGGGGUCCCAGCCGGUGCCUCGGUCCCGCCCUUCAAUGCCUUUCCCCAUGCUGCCUCCGUGUACGGGCAGUUCACGGGCCAGGCCCUCCUCUCAGGGCGAGAAAUGGUGGGGCCCACGCUGCCUGGAUACCCACCCCACAUCCCCACCAAUGGACAGGGCAGCUAUGCCUCUUCGGCCAUCGCAGGCAUGGUGGCAGGAAGUGAAUAUUCUGGCAACGCCUAUGGCCAUACCCCCUACUCCUCCUAUGGUGAGGCCUGGCGCUUCCCCAACUCCAGCUUGCUGAGUUCCCCAUAUUAUUACAGUUCCACAUCGAGGCCGAGCGCACCGCCUACCACCGCCACGGCCUUUGACCAUCUGUAGUUGCCAUGGGGACAGUGAGAGCCUCCAAGCCACGGGAGGACUUGGCCUGGGACAGGCCCCAGAGAGUCACACAAAGGAAUCUUUAUUUAUUACAUGAAAAAUAACCACAAGUCUAACAUUGCGGCACACUCCCUGUGUGGUUGGUGUAACGAACCAUGAAAGACAGGAUGACUUUGGAGAAGGCCACUCUGUCCUCCAAGACUCCUGAACGAGGUGGAGGGGGUGGGGGGGGAGUCCCUGGGAAGGAGCAGCGGCCCCAUUCUGGGCAAGACGACACUGAAGGAGAAGUGUGGAGACCAGAGGGAACAGCUGAGGAGCUGCUGGUGGUAGGUUGGCAAAUGGGGCCCCGGAAGAGCAGAGGGAUAUCCCAGGGUACCUCCCUGGCUCUGU